CUUUAAGAUAUCAAUUUUUUUUCCCUUUCUUCCACACUUUGAGAUUGCUUUCAAAUGGCUAGGUCCUCUUGCUGCAAGAAAAUUGGCUUGAGAAAAGGGCCUUGGACAGCAGAGGAAGACCAAAAGCUUUUAACUUAUAUUGAAGAACAUGGCCGUGGAGGUUGGAAGGCACUGCCUACAAAAGCUGGGCUUCAGAGAUGUUGUAAAAGUUGCAGAUUUAGGUGGACAAACUAUUUGAGGCCUGAUAUUAAGAGAGGAAAUUUCAGCUUACAGGAAGAUCAAACCAUCAUUCAACUACAUGCUCUUCUUGGAAACAGAUGGUCAGCCAUAGCUACUCACUUGCCAAACAGAACUGAUAAUGAGAUAAAGAACUACUGGAACACGAAUAUCAAGAAGAGAUUGACCAAAAUGGGAAUUGAUCCAGUGACUCAUAAGCUGAAAACCCACGAACUAUGCACCAAACAAUCCAAAUAUACCGCCUAUAUCAGCCACAUGGCCCAAUGGGAGAGCGCUCGGCUUGAAGCAGAAGUCAGGUCCAUCCGUGAAUCCAAACUUGUUUCCAACGCUUACCACUCUCAGUUGCAGCUCCUCCACAAAGUCACUGUGCCACCACCACUAGCACCGCCGCAGCCACCAAGACCACCAAUGUGUUUAGAUAUACCUAAAGUUUGGCAAGGUGAAUGGGCAAAGCCCGCAAAAGAUAUGAAUACAAUAUUUAAUGGUGUUUCCUCUACAUUGAACUUCUCAUCACACAACAAGUUCGGUACCAUUCCCACCACCGUUGGAUUUAAUGACAAUUCAUCCAUGAUACCAAUAAAUUACGUGGAAAACUCUGUUCAUACUACCAAAGGAAGAAUUACGGAUCCUAUUGAUGAUUCUAAUUAUAAUACAGAUUCUUUAAGUGUCCCAAGUUUCAUGGACAGCUUCACAGCUCUUCUGUCUAACAUGGAUGUUGUCACUACUGACAACGUUGUUGAAAGCUACUAUGGAAGUUCCGAAGAAGAUAAGAAUUAUGGAAACAUAGAACUAAAUUCGAUGGCAUUGCCAUCGGGUUCACAUGUAUUCUAA